GCUCGGCGCGGCCGGAGCGCAGCGCAGCUCGGCGGCGGGGCAGGCGGCGGCCGGGAGCGCAGCGGAGCUCGGCGGGCCGCGGGGCGCGGGGGGCGCCGCCAUGAACGCGGCGGUGGUGAAGCGGACGCAGGAGGCCCUCGGGAAGGUGAUCCGAAGGCCUCCGCUUACGGAGAAGCUGCUGAGCAAGCCCCCGUUCCGCUACCUGCACGACGUCAUCACGGAGGUGAUUAGGAUGACUGGUUUCAUGAAGGGCCUCUACACUGAUGCUGAGAUGAAGUCUGAUAAUGUUAAGGAUAAAGAGGCAAAAAUUAGCUUCCUUCAGAAGGCCAUCGAUGUGGUGGCAAUGGUUUCCGGAGAGCCGUUGUCAGCGAAACCAGCCCGGAUCGUGGCUGGGCACGAGCCAGAAAGGACAAAUGAGCUGCUGCAGAGAAUUGGAAAAUGCUGUCUCAGCAAGCUGCCCAGUGAUGAAGCCGUGAAGAGGGUGUUGGCUGGAGAGAAGGGGGAUGAGAAGGGAAGGACCUCGCUGACGUCGAAAUCGCAAGCACUGAACAAUAGGGAUGUGAGAGGAAACGAGCCCGGUCAUAAGGAUAAGGAGGAGAGGAGAAACUCUGACAUGAAAGAGAGAAGGUCAAGCAGAGAUGGAAAACAGAAGGAGGAACUGGGGGAAGAGAGCAGACCGAGAGCGAAGGGACGGGACCGCGAGAGGACCAAGGAGCGUGGCCAUGACAGGCGCCAGGAUGCGCACAGGGACAGGGCCCGAGCAGGGGAGAGUGAGCGAGCCAGGAACAGGGCCCAGCAGCACGGAGACAGAGACAGAGGCAGCGGGGACAGGAGCAGAGACCCGGAGCGCGCCCGCGAGAGGAGGAGCGAGGGCGGCCGGGACAAGGACCGGCAGAGGGUGAGAAACGGGGAGCCCUCCAGGGACCCCGACCGGGAAAGGAGCAGAGAGCAGGAUAACCUGGAGAAAAAGUCACCAAGCCCUGGGGAGGCAGCUGAAAGGUUGGCCGAUGGAUCUUUUAAAGACUCCAAAGCUGAAACAGAGGCUGAGAUUUCUCCUAGAGCAUCCAGGUCAGUGACAACAAAGACAUCACAGUGGCGAUCCAGGAAUUCAGUGGAAGGAACCAGAGAUGCUAGUGCUGACUCAGCUAGUGUUUCAGAAGAUAAUGCGACUGGACUGUGGCGUGAGAACAUUGAACCAGAGCCGGCAGCGAAGCAGAAAGAAGGAGAAGUCAGGCCUUCCGGCCGAGAUGAGGCUGCGCCGCCUGCGAGCACCGAGCCCCCGGAUGAGGCUCCACCCCACGCCAGAAGGAUACCUCGGCCUGGGAGUGCAAGACCGGCACCACCCCGGGUGAAACGCCAGGAGAGCUCGGAGGUGCUGCCCACAGACAGGUCAGGGAGUGCUAAACCCGUUUCAAAUGUGAUCAUAGAUUCGCAGAAUUCUGACAAUGAAGAAGACAGCCAGUUUGUGGUGGAGGCUGCCCCCCAGCUCUCCGAGACGGCCGGCCUAGAAAUGGUACAAGCAGUAGAAUUUGAAGAAGAUGAGAAGCAUGGAGGACUUGUCAAAAAAAUUCUGGAGACCAAGAAAGAUUACGAGAAGGUCCAGCAGUCGCCCAAACCUGGAGAGAAGGCUGCUUCCUUCAGGCAGCGUGUAUCUGAGACCCUCCCGGUUCUGAUGCUUGUAGAUUUGUUUGCUGUGAUUGAUGACAGGUACUCUGAUGUUUAUGAAAUCCUUCAUUUGUGGACAUUUAGAUUUCUUCACCGUUACAAACAGUGCUUCCCUUGGGCUCCUUCAUAAUGGUUCCUGGCCUGUAAGAGCCAGUAUCUCUUGACAAACCUUUCCUGUAAAGGGCCAGAUAGUAAACAUUUGAGGCUCAUGAGCCAUGCACUCUGUUGCAACUUCUCAACUCUCCUGACCACCCGGAAGCAGCCAUAUCCUGGCCAGUGGCAAACAGUGUGUGUGGCUGUCCUGGUACAGCUCCAUUCAUAGCAGGGCAGCCUGGCACCAUAGUUUGCAGCCUGGCUUUGGAGUCUGUGCCCAGGCUUGGAAUUGCUUCAGGUUCAUCGGUUACUCCUCAGAGUGGCUGCACCGAUUGACCCGCCCAGUGGACUGGAAGUCUGUGUUUCCGCACACCUGCCCAGCCACAGUCAAGACAGUGACCAUAUCCAUUGCCUCAACGGUGGCCUGUUUCUGUGGAAUCCCUGCUUUUUGUCACUAUAGUUUGCAUUUCCUGGAUUGUGUGUGAAUCACGUGGCAUGCACUCCUUUUGGCCUGCCUGCUUUUUUAUUCAUCACGAUUAUUUUGGGAUGUAUCCAUGUUGUAGCACGCCCAACAGCCCAUUCGUUUUUAUUGCUGAGUAGCUCUUGUGGACAGACCACAGCGGGCUUGUCCGUCUAUCAGUUAAUACACUUUGGGACCAUUGCAAAUCAAGCUACAGUGAAGUUCCUAUACAGGUGUUUGUGUGGACAGAUAGUUUCAUUCCUUUGGGUAAAUGCCUAGAAGACUGCUGGUGAAACGGUAAGGGUGCUUACCCUUGUAAGGACUCCCCAAACUGUUUCCCACAGGGAAUGGGGGUGCCAGGUCCUUGCAUUUUUACCAAAACUUGAUAUGGUCAGUCUUUUAAUUUUUUGUGGUUUUAAUUUGCAUUUUCUUAAUGGCUGAUGAUUAUUCUGUCUCCAUUGCUAGUUCCUCCUCUUCUUACUCUUUUCUUUAUUGAAGUCUUAAUGUUGCUAGCUUUUCUGUUCUCUCAAACUAAUCUUUUCUGUUUGUUACUCACUUUCUUUAGUGAGUAUAUUCUGUUUUCCCAUUUGAGUUUCUUUUGAUGAUUAAUACUUGGAUCAGUUAGGAUCAGGUUUAUCUGUGAGUGAAGGAAAAAUCUAAAACAAAGUGGCUUAAAUGAGGUAGAAAGUGCUUUAGUUCAUGAGUCAGAGUCUGGAGGUAGCAGUGACCUGGAGGAGGCACCUUGUCCGUCUUUCCUUCACCGAUGUGCCCACCAUGCCUCAGGGUGCCUCAUGGGCCAAGAUGGCUGUCCCAGUUCCAGCCUUCAGGACUAUAUUCCAGCCAGUAGGAAGGAGGAAAAGGGAAGGAGAAGAAUGGCACACCCCUUCCCUUUUAGGCUAUUUUUUGGAAGUUGUGCUCAUCACUUCCACUUGUAUUUUAUCAGCCAGCUAUUUGUCACUAAGGAGACCAUGAAGUGAAAUUUAUUCCAGGCAUUAGUUUGCUUAGCUAACAGUCAGGGUUUCCAUUGACACAGGCUAGAUUUGCCAGAUUUUCUCUCUGCCUGGCAUGCUCAGAAAAUGAUAGCAUUUGCAAGGUGCAAAGAGAAGAAGAGGAGAAGCCCGCAUGGCCGGGGGCUGUGGGUUUUAGGAACCAGCACAUCCACCGUAUGUGGGCAAUGGACAGAGCAGGAGGCUUUGCUGUCAGAAGGCAGAUCAGAAAUGGAGUCGACCUGCAGUCUCUUCGACAGUGUUUCUCUAGGGAAUUGUGUAUUUCAUUCAUGUUUUAUAAAGUCGUGGCAUGGAGAUGUUUCAGGGAUACUUUUAUGAUUUCAAAAAAUCAUAUAAAAAUAUCUACAGUUGCAGUUUUCCUUUUUUUCCAAAAACUUGUGUCUUUUUUUUUUUCUUGAAACUUUAAAAAAACUAUUGAAACAGACACCUGGAAAGUAUCAGCUUUUGGUUUUAUAGACAUUCACUUUUGUUUUCAUUUCUUUGGUUUCUACUCCUUAUUUUUCCUUUUAAUUACUUUAGAUAUUUACUUUUUCUAGCCUCUGAUAAAACACCUAGGAAACUCAGGUUUUUUUAGUCUUUGUCAUUAAAAAAACUUAAGUAUAUUUGAGACUAUACAUUUCUUAGGCAUGCUUUAUCCUUGAAUUUUAAGUUCCUUAAAUAUUAAUAUUAAAUGUUAAAAAUUCCUUGCAUUUUGGCAUGAAGUACCUUGUUGGUGUUUCUUUUUAACACGUGGGCUAUUUAGGGGUCUGUCGUUUUCGCUUUCAAACAUAAGGUCUUAAAAUGCCUCUUUAUUGGCAAUGCCGCACACAACCGCAUACUCAGAGAGCAUGGUCUGUGUGGUGCUGGUGGUUGGGUGGAGCCUUUCUGUGAGGCCUAGAGUGUGCUCAGUGUUUAUCAAGGCUUCAGAGCGCCGGCAGGGUCUCCUGGCCUCCGGGUCCAGGCUUCCGCGGCCCUGCUGAUUGCAUGAGGCGGUGACUGUGAGAACGUGCACUCAAAAUGUGUAGGCUGUGUCUGCUCGGCAUCUUCACUGAGUCAUGCAUCUCAGUCACAGUGUUAACUGCUUAUCUUCUGUCUUCUGUCUCAUUUAAGAACUCACAUAGUGUUUUUUCUGCUUUUCACAAAAACUGUACUGUGCUCUUGGUCUUAGUACUUUGCAUUUUUUGUAGGAAGCGUUUUUUCAGUGCUAAGGAAAUAUGUGUGUGUAGUCCGGCCACUUCUCCAGUCUGUCUUUGAAGUGGCAUCAGAAGAAAAGCCAUUUCUUAUUGUACUAAAGGACUUGAAUAAUACAUUACAGAACAAAUAUGUGAAUUAGAAUGCUUUGAGCAUUUUCUUCAUUAUCCUGACUUAUUUGCUCUCCUUUCAAGAGGAAAUAUAAACUUGGUUAAUAUAUUAGCUCAUGCUAGCAUUUUUCCCUUCAUACUUAUGAAGCUUUUUAAGCAACCAGUAAAGCAGUUUUAUUAGUUUCUCAAGCUUUAAACAUACUUGCUUUUUAAACUUUAUAAAUGAAGAUGAUUUUGAGUAAUAGCAAUUUUAAAGGUGGUUCACUCACUUUAAAGUGUAAAGAUUUCUCUCUUGACUUUUCAGUCUCCUUUUACAUAAUCUCCGAGUUUUUUUGCAUGUUAUUUUUAUUCUGACUGAAUGUAAAUUUCAGAUGCUUUUUCUGUUCAUUUACAUUCUUUAUUUUGAAAUAGAGUAUUUCUCUUUGUAGAUUUCUUUCUCACUUAGCUUAUUUAGAGUUUUUGUGAUUUGAUUCUCUUCAUGGUCUUGGUCAUGUGAACUGCCUCUUCUGGGAGUGCACGAGGUCCGGUGCUCAGAUGAGAACUUGGGUGUGUGUUGAAUUGGAGUUGCAUGUGUGUAUUCUACUGCCCUUCUCAAUAAAAGCUAUAAUAAGGGCUUAAUGUCACAGCUAGACGACCACAGAGACUGUGAGUGAGUGACUUAAGCAUUUAUUUGAGAAUGUGAGAACCUGUUGUACCUUGAAAUGUCUCUUGAUGGAUAAGAUUACCUUAUCAUAAACAUGUUAUACUUUAAUUAUAAUAAGUAGUAUAUGGCAAAUAGUAGUUAGCUAAAUUCUUAUAUGAAAGUCAGAGAUUUUGGUCUUAACUUUCUUUGGUGAUUUGAAGAGAUCUUAAAUCAUUUCUCAUUUUGGUCACUUGAUGGUGCAAUUUCAUCACAAAUACUUUAACCCUGUUAGAACAGUGCUCUUCCAAAUCCCUCCUUAACUGAAAUUUGCACCUGGUCAGAGUAUUUUUAAUUUGGAUGUUUGUGGUUCUAGAAUUACUAGAUGUUCUUUUACUUCAAAUAUUGUUUCUAUUUAAAUUCCUGUGAAAGAAAUAAAAGGGACGUAGGCUACAGUGUUUCUGCACUGGUGACACUGUCACAGCUGACUCAGGGAACCACUUUUUAAUCAUAAAGAGUUAUUUUUUAUUCUUUUAGGCAAUAAGGUGAUAGUUUUAUGUUCCCAAGUGAUGCAGUACCUUCCCAUAUGCAGUCUGAAGAUUUUAGGGUUUGAAUACAAAAUUGUCACCACCAAAUUAUCAGCAGUAUCACUUACAACCUUUUUACGGAUAUAUGCCAGAUAUAGUAUAGACCACUGGAAGUCAUCAGAAUGUACAUGGAAAUGGUCUUUGUGAAGGUAGUUAUGAAUAAAUAGGCCUUCUUUGUAUAGACAGAGGUCAUGAUAUGGGUAAAAUAUCAGAGUACUUUAAUUGAAAAAAAUGACUUAAGAAAAUUAGAUUAUAAAAAUGUGAUUAGCUUUAUAGUUUUACAAAUAUUUCCAAAUUGAAUGGUCAUCAUCUUCUGUUUAAUAUGUUUACUCAGUGAAUGAUAAUGUGAUGAAUAAAGAUUUUUUAACUCAAAGUUUCAACUUAAAAUUCGUAUCAUACCAUAUUUAUCACUUCUAGAUUUUAGCCAGUUUUGGUCGAGGUGAUUUUUGGCCUUAAUU